AUGCAACACCGUAACAGACUGGAUUUAUGCACAUCAUACCACAGAAUCACACAAUGGAACCGAACCAUUUUAAAUCCACUAGAGCUGGAAAAGUACGCGGAAGCUGUUUUUAACCAAGGGGCGCCACUAAGCAAUUGCUUUGGUUUCGUAGACGGAACUGUGCGGCCAAUUGCUCGACUCGGGGAAAACCAGCGAUUGUUAUACAACGGCCACAAACGCGUACAUGGAUUGAAAUUUCAGUCCGUGGUCCUACCAAAUGGGUUGAUUUCACACUUGUAUGGUCCAGUAGAAGGAAGGAAGCAUGACGCAGCAAUGUUGGCAGAGUCAGGCCUUUACAACAGUCUCCGGACACAUGCUGUCUCAACAACCGGCCAACCGAUGUGUAUCUAUGGGGAUCCAGCUUACCCACUUCGGAUACAUCUUCAGGCACCUUUCCGGCAGCGAGUACUGACUCCCCAACAGCAAGCUUACAAUGGUUCCAUGAGUGCAGUCCGCUCCUCCGUUGAAUGGCUUUUUUCUGAUAUUGUAAAUUAUUUCAAAUUUCUUGAUUUCAAAAAGAAUCUCAAGAUUGGGCUUAGCCAAGUAGGCAAAAUGUACAUCGUCUGUGCAGUCCUUCAAAAUGUUUUGACAUGUUUGUACGGUAAUUCAACAUCCCAGUUUUUUGACCUAGACCCACCUUCCCUAGAGGAUUACUUUUCCUAAUCAUGCAGUCUGUUGUGGCCACCCGACAUAAGACUCAAAAAACUGUUUUAGAUUAUAUGGGAAGAUACCAAGAAGAGCGUAUUAAUGUCAAAUAAAAUUAAACACAACAAAUAAAUCGGGUUUAUUAUG